AAGACUGCAAAUUAAAGAGAAAUAGUUAGGCAAAAGUAAAGUGGGGAGCGGCCUGGUCUCUCUUCAUACUUCCUUCUUAAGUUAACUCUACUCAUACAAAAAGUACUACUCUCUUCACAAAUCACACACACACAAACAAAAGAAAAAAAAAGAAAACAAAAUAUGGUAAAAGAAUGGAGUACUUGGUUGCCUUUAAUGGCUAUGGUGAUGAUGUUUCUUCAUGUAAAUUUUAUUCAUGGAGAAGACCCUUAUAGGUUCUACACUUGGAAUGUUACUUAUGGUGAUAUUUACCCUCUUGGUGUCAAACAACAGGGGAUUUUGAUAAAUGGGCAAUUUCCAGGACCACCUAUUCAGUGUGUGACCAAUGAUAACUUGAUUAUCAAUGUUUUCAACAAUUUGGAUGAACCCUUUCUCAUUUCCUGGAACGGUGUCGAGCAGAGGAGAAAUUCAUGGCAGGAUGGAGUCUAUGGCACUAAUUGUCCCAUUCCACCAGGGAAAAACUUCACUUAUGUUCUCCAAGUCAAAGAUCAGAUUGGUAGUUUCUACUACUUUCCUUCCCUUGCUUUCCACAAAGCAGCAGGAGGAAUUGGUAGCAUAAAUAUCGCCAGUCGCUCCGUUAUUCCUGUUCCUUUUCCUCCUCCUGCUGGAGAGUUCUCCAUACUGACUGGAGAUUGGUUCAAACAAAACCACAGUGACCUUAAAGCAAUUUUGGAUGGUGGACAUGAUCUUCCCUUCCCUGACGGGCUUCUUAUCAAUGGUCACGGAUCAAAUGGUUAUACAUUCACCGUUGAUCAAGGCAAGACUUACAGAUUCAGGAUAUCAAACAUUGGUCUCACAACUUCCGUUAAUUUUAGAAUCCAAGGGCAUAAGAUGACUGUAGUUGAAGUAGAAGGGACUCACACUGUGCAAAAUGCAUAUGAUUCUCUUGAUAUCCAUUUGGGACAGUCCUAUUCUGUGUUGUUAACUGCAGAUCAACCUGCACAAGAUUAUUAUAUUGUUGUCUCGACUCGUUUCACAUCUCAGGUGCUCACAGCUACGUCUACUCUUCGUUAUAGUAACUCAGCAGGAAGUGUUUCUGGCCCUCCUCCUGGUGGACCAACAAUUGAAAUUGAUUGGUCUUUCAAUCAGGCCCGAUCUCUCAGGCGUAAUCUAACAGCUAGUGGACCGAGACCUAACCCUCAGGGCUCCUACCACUACGGACUUAUUAACACCACACGCACAAUUAGACUUGCAAAUUCAGCUCCAAUCAUCAAUGGGAAGCAAAGAUAUGCUAUCAACAGCGUGUCCUUUAUUCCAGCAGAUACACCACUUAAACUUGCUGAUCACUUCAAUAUUCCCGGGGUCUUUACCCUUGGAAGCAUUCCAGAUAGCCCUACUGGAUCCGGUGCUUACCUUCAGACAUCCGUUAUGUCUGCUGAUUUUCGAGCUUAUACUGAAGUUAUAUUUGAGAAUUUAGAAGACAGUGUGCAGUCUUACCACAUUGAUGGACACCAUUUCUUCGUUGUGGGAAUGGGUCGCGGAGAGUGGACUCCAGCAAGCAGAUUAACAUACAACUUAAGGGACACGAUUUCUCGUUCAACAGUUCAGGUGUACCCGAAGUCCUGGACUGCACUAUACAUGCCAUUAGAUAAUGUGGGAAUGUGGAACAUAAGGUCUCAGAAUUGGGCUCGUCAAUACUUAGGACAGCAAUUUUAUCUGCGAGUUUACUCACCCGUAAAUUCGUGGAGAGAUGAAUCUCCGAUUCCCAGCAAUGUUCUACAUUGUGGAAGAGCAUGAAGUAGAGGAACCUUGGACCAGUAAUUGGAAGGUGGGCAGCAUCAUGAGCUUCUACAUAUUAUAAAUGCAGAUGUACUCUGAAAUAAUCCAAUUCUUUAUUUCAUUCAGUUAUAUUUGGCUCAAGUUAUACUAUUUACUUGUUAUUUUUGUUGUAAUCAAUGUAAUUUCCUUUAUCUUUUUUUCAAAUGUUUGGCUGGACUGAUUGGAAGUUUGCUUAAGCUUAGCUAGUACUAGAUGUUCCACAACAUUUCUGUGUUAAUAGUUAUACCUUACCAUUGUUGUCUUC